AUGAAGCCUGCUACCUCUUUGGUGCUAAGCUCAUUUGUCCAUCAAGGGCUUGCGGCUCUUGAUUCAAAGGCGAUACUGUCCAAAUAUUUCGGCAAUGAUGCACCGUGGUAUCAGGACCGCAUUCCUCUCUUUGAAUCCAGCGACGCCGACCUCACCGAUACAUACUACUACCGCUGGUCCAUCUUCCGCGCCCACCAACGUGAUCUAGGCGCCUCGCUCAAAGGCGGUUUGGCCAGUACAGUUUCGACGUACAAUGGACGAGCGGACGCGCUCAAGCAGCGCGUACAAGACGCACUCUGGAACUCUACAUUCGAGCACUUCAUCGACCGCUUCAAAGUCAACAACCAGCACGUUACCUACUGGAACUCCAUCCGCGGACGCGAACUCGCCGGCAUGGUCCCCUGGACGCACGACCUCCCCGACGACAAAGUCGAGUACGCCCAAGCCUGGAGCCACGUGCUCAACAGCAGCCAGCUGUCCGGCCCCGCCGGGCUCCGUACAGGAGAGCCCAGUUACCAAUACUACAUGCGACAAUACCGGUACGAAGGCAAAAACCCAGAGUGCCAAUGGAACGGCCCCGUCUGGCCCUUCCAAUACACCCAAGUGCUCUCCGGCCUCGCAAACUUCCUCGACCACUAUUCCACGGGUGCUCAAACCGGCGUCAUCACACCAAAAGACUACACGGCCAUGCUCCGCAAAUACGCAAAACUCCAUCGAAACCCUUCAACGGGAAUCUUGGAUUUGGAAGAAAAUUACCACCCGGACACCGGUCUCCCCAUUGUCGGCCUCAAGCGCUCCCACCACUACUUCCACUCGGGCUUCAACGACCUCGUGCUAAGCGGUCUAGUCGGUCUCCGUCCUUCUGCUUCAGACGUCCUCGUCGUAAACCCGCUCUUCGAUUCUUCAUCCAUUGCCUACUUCCGUGCAGAACGCAUCACGUACCACGGCCACGACAUCGCCGUGCAAUGGGACAGCGACGGUUCGCGCUACGGCACUCGCGGGCUUGUGAUUGAAAUCGACGGCAAAGUCGCAGCCCAGCAACUUGACGUCUCCAAAAUUAGUAUUCCGCUGCAGCCCGCACCCGCGCCCGCACCGUUUACAAGUCGCAUUGCGAAAUCUAUCCAGCUUAAUGCGUCGACUCCUUAUCCCCGCGGCACCGCGUCCGUGGCGAAUUCAAAUACCUACGCUGCGAUUGAUGGACGUGUGUGGUUCUUUGAUACAGAGGAUGCGGCGAAUGGAUGGGAGUCUCCUGUCGCUACUACCUCCUCCACUGGUGGUGACAUGUGGUUCGAAAUCGACUUCGGUAAACAGGUUAGUACGAGUAGUGCUGAAAUCGCGUUUUUCGCAAGUAAAAAUCAGGGCUUUGCGGCGCCGAGUAAAUAUAAGGUUCAGGUCCAAGGACAAGGAGGUAGUUGGGGGGGAUGUGCAGGGGGCGAUGUAUGGAGGUGUGGUGGCGAAUGGGGUUACGCAGGUUGCAUGGACGGGUGUGCAGAGUCAGAAGGUUAG